CUAUAAACUCAUAAAAACCAAACCGAACGAAUAUCGAAGGUUGAAAAUCGAAAUUAUAACCUUGGAAACCCCCUGAAAAGCCUUUAAAAAAAAUGUCACAAGAUAGUUUCGAUUGCAAUACGGAGUCCGAGCGGCCCAGGAAGACCUUGGUUUUAACCAUCUUCGCCCUGGCCGUCAUCAUGAAACUGUGCAUCAUUCUGGUGGAGAUCCUGGAUUUUGGAAAUUACCUGAAACAAAGUGGAGAAAAGAAGAGUACCAAUUAGUUGAUGUUUCAUUAGAAUUCUCUUUUCUUUUAUGUGUUAAGAUACGUGUAAACAAAGAAGUGAUAAAGCCGAUAGAUUGGCAUCCAAAUGGAA